UCCCAUCAUCUACAACUCCCCCCUGCGGAAUUCAGCUCAUUGCAUCACCUGUGUAGCAACCAAUUCCGUCUUAAAGCUGUGCCGGUUGCCAACAAUCCAGCCAAACAAUUAGGUCCUGGGAUCCAUCAGGUUUGCGAUGGCCACUGUCGCCAUGACUAGGGCCGGAGGACUGCUCGCCCUGGAGCGUGCGCAGCGUGUGAGCAAGCCGCAAGGAGCCGUGAGCAACCGCGCGUUUCUGGGCAAUGUGAGUGGUCUGCGUGCAGUCGCCAUCGCUCCCAAGCAAUUGCAGGUGAGUGCUUUCACUAUCAGGGCCGGAGCUGCUGGGAAGUACCAGGUCAUCGAGCCAUUGAAUGGUGACCCCUUCAUCGGAGGACUGGAGACACCCGUGACCAGCAGCCCCCUCAUCGCGUGGUACCUGUCCAACUUGCCCGCUUACCGCACCGCCGUGGCUCCCUUGCUGCGCGGUGUGGAGAUUGGCCUUGCCCAUGGGUAUUUGCUGGUGGGUCCCUUCGUCCUUGCAGGACCUCUUCGCAACAGUGCUGUGAGGGGUGAGGCUGGAAGUCUUGCCGCUGCUGGCCUUGUUGCCAUUCUCACUAUGUGCCUCACCAUCUAUGGCAUUGCCUCCUUCAAGGAAGGCGAGGCCUCCAAGGCUCCCAGCCUCACCCUCACGGGAAGGCAAAAGGCUGCCGAUAAGCUGCAGACUGCUGAGGGAUGGGCCGGAUUCACCGGUGGGUUUUUCUUCGGCGGUCUAUCGGGCGUGGCCUGGGCGUACAUCCUGCUCUACGUCCUCAACCUCCCAUACCCCGUCAAGUAGAUUGAUUUGUCGACAGCCUUGCCAUGAGCAAUACACUUUGUAAUCUGGUUCUGAUUUUAACGCCAAUCCCAACAAGUUUCGCUGUUUACACCUA